AUCAGGACAAAACUAUAACUUUCGAUAAUAAACAACUAUCUGCAAUCACAAAUGGAAUACCUUUUAAAUAUCUAGGAGCAUGGUUUUCAACAAAUAGAAAGCCAACACUAGUACAAAAAGAAAUUAUAGCUAAGGCACAUCAUAACUUUUUGCCUUCUAUACUGACUAUAUUCUUCUUUCCUUUUAGCCUCACAAACAAACACCCUCAACAAGACCUGUAUACAACUAGUCAAAAACAAAGCAAAACUAGCUCAAGGACUACGACUUCAACAACUACAAGAUGCUGCAAAUACCAACAUCUCUAUCCUUUCACAACUCCUGGUCUUUCCAACGAUACAAAUCAUAUACAAACCUAUCAAAUGAUAUUGGCUUUGCAUACACUUGAAUUGCAAACCUCACGCAAUGGAGACAACUGGCCUCUUCCGAAAGAAUUUAUUGGUACUCCAAUAAACCAGAUUCUUCUAAACCAUCCUAGGGCUUUAUACCUUAAAGAGAAACUAAACAAACACAAUGUUUUUAGUAUAGAACAAUUCUUAAACACAACUAGCACUGAACUUUUAGAUUUAGGAUCUAAUAACAAGCUCUACAAAUCCUUCAUCAGUAGCUUUACAGCUAAAUCCUUAUACUCUAACUACUGUAAUUGGACUCACAACAAAAAGGGCUGGAUGAUUACAAACAAACUAGUUAUUGGAAGAAUAUACAACUCAUUGAAUGAAACGCUUAAAACUCAACAUUACAUCUUACAACCAGAUAAUACAAUAAUUGCUUGCCAGGGCUGUAGUCUUAAAAACCAUUACUACCGGGAUAAAUACUGCUACUUCAACGCAACAAAGCCUUUCUACAACCUACAAGUAGAUUGUAAGAAAAGGACCCACAUCGAUUUAAAUGAUUUCAAAAAAGCAUUAGUUCUUAAUUCCGCCUAUAUACCUUUACUGAGUAAUAUAACAACACUUCCAGCUCUGGCUAAACCUCUCUGCGCUUUUACAAAUCCUCCUAUUGUGCUCUGGGACACACUUACAAAAACAAAUUUUAAGGCAAAAACCUUAACACUUACUAUGACAA